GAUUGUGAUGCCAGCCAAGAAAGCGAAGUAGGGUCCUACAAAGUUCAUUUAUUUCUGGACUUUAUCUUUGGAUGAUUCGUAAAUAUAAAUACAAAUAUAAUACAAAUAUAUUAGGUAUUAUAUUAUAAAUGAUUUUAAAAUCCCGGUUUGCUAGGGAUUUACAUAAAUUGAAUAAAUUAAGACUUUCAACGGAUAAACAGACCGUACUCAAACAACCAUGAAGACGAUAAGAUGAGCUCAGGAUGGUAAAAUAAGACAGAGGAGACUGGUGGGUUGGACUCGGCCAGCGAACCUCCAUGGCAUCCGAUUACGGUUUCUUCGCCACCAAAUCCUCUACAAAUGACACAAACUCCUCUUCUAAUGACACCAAUUCUUCCGUUUCGAUCGUCACAUCAAGCAGAAGACGAAUCGUGCGCCAGAGACUCACCAUACAGAUCCUUCUUGCCACACUUCUUGUCUUCGUUGCACUCUUUGUCUGGCAGCUAGCUACAAACUUGACACGCCAAAAGCCAUCCGCAGAACAGAAGCAGCCGCCAUAUGAUGCCAGUAGUCUACUGAAGUUGAACAACAAACCCUGUCCGUUCACUCCGUCACAGAGCAAUCUUCCUCGCUACCUCCCCUCCACAGUCACUCCCGCACUGAAGAAUAACAGACUGCUGUUCAAUACAUUGACUAGUCUCCCCUCCCUGAAGGCGAUAUCAGCCAACGUCGUGUUCAGGGAUGUAAUUGUUUGGCAACAAAGCCAUGGCGUCAGGGAUCCACGUGACUCUCUCCAGACUCCUGAUGCUAACACGGUCUUCAGGGUGGCCAGCGUCAGUAAAGUAUUGACGGCGCUGUUUGUUCUGAUCUUGCUCGAGCGUGGUCACGUGACCAGCAUUGACGACCCACUCGAGAAGUACGAGCCUCGAUUCCAAGUUUCCAACCCAUUCAAUGCCCAGAAAAUCACAUUGAGGAAUAUACUCAGCCACACGUCUGGUCUACCAAGAGAGGCUCCCUGUGGUCCCGGCUGGUCGAGAAGUCCUAGAUAUUUGUGUGCAGUCAACACUUCGUAUGUGCUGGAUUGGCUGAGGACAACUGAGCUGAAAUCACCGCCGGGAGCAGAGCCAAGCUAUAGUAAUUUGGGGUAUGCAUUGCUAGCUCGUGUUCUUGGCCAGCGGUUUGCUGCAGACGAAUAUGAAAGCUGGGUUACCCAGAACAUCUUGCGGCCGCUGCGCAUGAUCAAUACAGGAUUUUAUUUGAAAGAUAUGUCAGCCAACAGAGCGGUCACUUACAACAAUGACGUUAUCAACUCUGAUAUUGACUGGGGAUGGGUUGCGCCUGCGCUACAGCUCUAUUCGUCAGCGGCAGAUCUGUCAAAGCUUAUGAUGGCACUGUUUGGAGAUUUGUCACCCUCGCUCGUCCGCAAGGAUCUGCUGCAGCAGUUGUUAACACCAAGCUUCGUGUAUCCGGACGGCCAGACCAUGUUCGGCUUGGGCUGGGAAAUGAAGAUCUCUGGGGCGUACCUCGUGGUCUCCAAGGAUGGUAUAGCCCCAGGAUACUCUGCCGGAUUUCUUCUAUUACCCCAGCUAAAACUCGGGGCAACCGUUUUGAUGAGUGGGCACGAUGCUGCACCCGCCGCUGCUCAGCUUCUUGUGAAACCGCUGGCGCAACGACUUGCGGUCUACAUGAUAGAUCAGAUGAAGGUCCAAGUGCCAGUUAACCCCACCAAGUACACGGGAUCUUAUAGACUUAUCUCCAAGUGGGUAUCCAAGGUGCAUUUCAACAUCACUUAUAAAGACAAUGUACUGGAACUGCACCAAGACCCUGGCUAUCCCAAGGAUUCCUUUCUCAGCUAUGUGGAUCAUCAAGUUCUGGAGUUGGUAUACAAGCCAGGCUAUCCUUGCUCCGUGUACGGAAUGGGUCAGAAUCACGAAAGAUUAGUCUUCCGGUCACCUCUGGGGAAAGAUUCCAAAUGCUCUGGCUUUACAUUUGGUCCAUUUGUAUUUGAGCGAAUUAGUGUGGACUCUGAGCAAACCAACAAAAAUGUAAAAAGCAGAUAACUAUGGGAGAUGGUGUAAAACUGUUUGAGGCCAAAUUCCUUAAUAAGCAACUGUAGAUAGGUAGUGAUAUUAAGAUUGAUUAUUAUACUGUACAAAGACAUGUUGGGGAGAGGGUGAGUUUUUUUUAUAAAAACCUGACCACCACCCAAAAAAUAAAAGGGAUUUUUUGUGCCAUUGCAAUUUCUCCAAGGGAUGUAUGUUUAUAUACAGAUUUUGACUCAUAGAUUUAUGACAUACCAUAGUGCUCUAGAAUGCCUUUUAUUUAUUUAAUUUAUGCUCAUGCUUUAUAGUUUUGUUUUCAAAUAGUAUGUCUACACUAUUGCACAUCAGGAGUAGACUUUCUGCCAUCGUCAGGGGUGCGACCCCCUCCCUUCCCUGGGUAUAGGGUUUUCAACCACCCUUCGGUAACAAUGGCAAAUAAGCCAUAAUUAAAUCAGUGUCUUGCUUGCCACAUACUGGCUACUGUAUGCCCAAGUUGUUUACACUGGGCAUAAAAAAAACUCCUAUUGUUGUAUAAGCUUUUAAUGUGAGAUACGAGUAUUUUCUGUUUAAUUUUUUUUCUUGUGAGUACCAAUUAAGUAAGCAACCACAACAAAUUGGCAAAGUGCAAAGGGCGGCUGCUAAAAGAGAGGUAUCACUCACUCUUCAUGGUUUUAUUGUUACAUAAACUUUAUGAAUUGUUACCUAUAUAUUUGGAAAAAAUGUCAGAGGUCUUA